AGAUUUAUCACUGUGAGAUUUAUCUUCUAAAUAGUCAUGGUUAAAGUCGCACUGGCAGGAUGCGCAAGUGGCUUCGGCCGUAAUAUCCUCGAAGCAAUCCUCGCCACAAACAAACACUCCAUCGUUCUGCUCUCCCGGUCCCCCAAACCCGACCUCACAGCCCGUGGCGUCGACGUCGUCGCAGUCGGCUCCUACGACGACCACGCCCAGCUCGUCUCAGCUCUCCGAGGCGUCGAAACCGUGAUCUCGACCAUCGUGAGCGUUGACGAAGAUUAUGGGGAGGCGCAGCUCAGGCUGUUGGAGGCGGCGAAGGAGGCGGGGUGUAGGAGAUUUGCGCCGUCGGAGUGGGCCAUGAAGACGAAUGAGGGCGUCGAUCUGUACGCGCCCAAGAUCAAGGUUUGGAAGGCAUGCGAGGCUUCCGGGUUGGAGUACACUCGGUUUGCUUGCGGUAUUCUGACAAACACGUUGGUCGCCGGUACCCCCCGCAACGAAACCGAAGCCCUCUCCGGCCUUCGUCCUUUGAACUUCAUCGUCAACAUCCCAGCCGGAACCGCAGACAUCCCCGGCUCGCGCUCCAAUCCUGCUCGGGUCACGUACAUCUCGGCCCAAGACUGCGGGAAGUUCGUCGCUGCUGCUCUUGAUAUAAAGGAGAAAUGGUGGCCCGAGAUGGGACAUAUGGUGGGUGAGACGACAACGUAUGAUGCUAUUGUCGAGGCGGCGGAGAGGAUUACGGGGAGGACGUUUUUGAGGAAGUAUGUGGGGAGGAGUGAGUUGGAGGAGUUGGCAAAGGAUCCGAGUAAGAAGUUUUAUUACCAGGUUCGAAUUGCCAUAGUGGACGGAUGGUCAGACAUUGAGCCAAAUUUGAACGGAUUGUUGCCGCAUGUGAAGCCGCAGACUGUGGAGCAGUAUUUGAGGAAGUAUUGGGAGGGUGUUCAGUUGCCCGAGCCGGCGUGGGGGGCGUAUGCUGAAGCAAUGUAAACCAGUGUAUUUGGAAACUAGCACUGGAAGGAGGUUGUUGGUGAACGUAUCAUUGCAGCGAGCAUUUGCCCGCAGACUAAAGUCUGAUGCACUUGUUAUG